AAGCGAUGGCGGCGACAGUGGAAUCUGCUCCGCACUCAGGAUUUGUCCUUCCCAAAGCUUGGGCGGAUGGAGGAGGAGGCUUCCAGGAAGAUGCCACGGGCCCUCCAGGCAGGCCCCGAGCUGAGGACGGAGAGCAUGGAGGACAAAUCCCCCCAGCAGAGCCUGGUGGGAGAGGCCGUUUUGAAGGGCUCCCCGGCGCAGGAAGGCAGCGGGGAGGAAAAGGCCCGGAGAUGCAAAGCCAGCCCAGGGAGCUCUGAGGAGGAAAGACCCGUCCUGUGCCAGGAAGGCGGCCAGAGCUUGAGCCAGAGCUCCGAGCUGGUGGUCCCUGAGCAACCUCCCAGCAGGGAGAAACCCUUCAGGUGCUUGGAAUGUGGGAAGAGCUUCAGCCAGAGCUGGAACCUCCUCACCCACCAGCACAUCCACACUGGGGAACGGCCCUACACGUGUAGGGAAUGUGGGAAGAGCUUCAGGGACAGCUCCUACCUCCGUUCCCACCAGCUCAUCCACACUGGGGAAUGGCCCUACAAGUGCUUGGAAUGUGGGAAGAGGUUUCAGACCAGCUCAACUCUCCUCCUGCAUGAGCGGAUACACACAGAUGAGAGGCCCUUCCGCUGCACCGACUGCGGGAAGGGCUUCAACCGAAAAUUCACCCUCGUCACCCACCGGCGCAUCCACACCGGGGAGAGGCCCUACAAGUGUGGGGAGUGUGGGAAGAGCUUCACCUGCAGCUCUGCCUUGACCAGACACCAACGGACCCACGAGUAAGGGAAGUCCUACGAAUGCCCCAACUGCGGGAUGAGCUUUGGCCGCUGCUCCCACCCUGAAUGACCCCCUGAUUGUGAGGCAACCUCUGGAGUCCAGUGACUGUCAGUCCAUCCAUUUCUAGCAGAAAGGGUCAGUCCCCUUUGCCAGGGGCAGGUUGUGCCAACAGAACCCUCCUUGGGGGGGUAUUUGGAGAUUCCUGCCUUGGCUGGGGACUCCCCAAGGUCAGUGCUGGAGGUUGAGAGCAGAGAUCUCCCCACGAGCAUUGGUCUGGGGGAGUUCCAUCCCUCUCUAAUGAAUAAUUCUUGCUUUGGUGCCAGCUUGAGUAGAAUUGCUUCAACAGUUGCUUUAGUGUAGAGCACUGUCCUAUCUUAUGCUGUACUACUGGUAGUUUUGGUGUUUCUAUUGUGCAGUAAAUAAUUCUGAUGAA